GGGUGGAGCUCUCUGGUGUUUCCAUUUCCGUGGGGGAAAUGUGGGCUGCUGGCGCCGUGAAAGUUAGCGGUUGCUUGGCUGCCUUUUCCGUCACUUUGAGACGGUGCUUGAAAUUGGGAGCGGCAAUGGCAAAGAGCAAGUUCGAGUACGUGCGGGACUUCGAGGCUGACGACACAUGCCUUGCCCACUGCUGGGUGGUGGUGCGGCUGGACGGCAGGAAUUUCCAUCGGUUUGCUGAGAAGCACAACUUUGCAAAACCUAAUGACAGCCGUGCUCUCCAUCUAAUGACUAAAUGUGCCCAAACCGUAAUGGAAGAACUGGAGGAUAUUGUGAUUGCAUAUGGGCAGAGUGAUGAGUACAGCUUUGUGUUCAAGCGGAAAAGUAAUUGGUUUAAAAGAAGAGCCAGUAAGUUUAUGACUCACGUGGUCUCCCAGUUCGCCUCCAGCUAUGUGUUUUACUGGCGGGAUUACUUUGAGGACCAGCCCCUUCUGUAUCCCCCAGGCUUUGAUGGAAGAGUCGUGGUGUAUCCUAGCAACCAGACCUUAAAGGACUAUCUCAGCUGGCGGCAAGCAGAUUGUCACAUCAAUAAUCUUUAUAAUACAGUUUUCUGGGCACUUGUACAGCAGUCUGGAUUAACACCAAUACAAGCCCAAGAGAGAUUACAGGGAACUCUUACAGCAGACAAGAAUGAGAUUUUAUUUUCUGAAUUCAACAUCAACUACAAUAAUGAGCCACUGAUGUAUAGGAAGGGAACUGUGUUGAUAUGGCAGAAGGUGGAUGAAGUCACGACAAAAGAAGUUAGGCUGCCAGCAGAAAUGGAAGGAAGAAAGAUGGUGGUGACCCGGACCAGGACUAAGGCGGUGCCCUUACACUGCGAUGUCAUUGGGGAUGCUUUCUGGAAGGAACAUCCAGAAAUCCUACAUGAAGACAGCUGACCCUUUGCUUUUCAUUACUGGUGUGCUUGAACAUGCAGGGUCCUCCAAGUCUCCUGGCCUUAGGUGGCCCUAGCAUCUGUGCCAUGCAGAACAGUGUCCUGGGAGUGACAUGACUCUGGUUGGGAGGGGAACAGAGAAAGAAGGGAUGAAUGUGGGCGGUGUAUCUUGUUCUGCUUUAAGUGGAACACCUAUUUUUCGGUGUUGAAACAUGGUUCCUUUGGUAGAAGUACAGUUUUUUAAAAAUCGUGGUACUAUUUUUAUAAAGCAAGAACUAUUUUAUGUCUUGCAAAAUGAAUCAUUUUUAGAUUGUGGCGUAAGCCUUAUAAAAACUUGUCAAGCUCUUUUCACCUAUGAUAGAAGAUGAGCCCAAACUUUACUCUCACCCACUUAUUCUUUUUUUUUUUUUUAACAUCUUUAUUGGGGUAUAAUUGCUUUACAAUGGUGUGUUAGUUUCUGCUUUAUAACAAAGUGAAUCAGUUAUACAUAUAUAUAUAUGUUCCCAUAUGUCUUCCCUCUUGCGUCUCCCUCCCUCCCACCCUCCCUAUCCCACCCCUCCAGGCUGUCACAAAGCACCGAGCCAAUAUCCCUGUGCCAUGCGGCUGCUUCCCACUAGCUAUGUACCUUACUACGUUUGUUAGUGUGUAUAUGUCCAUGACUCUCUCUCGCCCUGUCACAGCUCACCCUUCCCCCUCCCCAUAACCUCAAGUCCGUUCUCUAGUAGGUCUGCGUCUUUAUUCCUGCCUUACCCCUAGGUUCUUCAUGACAUUUUUUUUUCUUAAAUUCCAUAUAUAUGUGUUAGCAUUCGGUAUUUGUCUUUUUCUUUCUGACUUACUUCAUUCUGUAUGACAGACUCUAGGUCUAUCCACCUCAUUACAAAUAGCUCAACUUCGUUUCUUUUUAUGGCUGAGUAAUAUUCCAUUGUAUAUAUGUGCCACAUCUUCUUUUUUUUUUAACAUCUUUAUUGGGGUAUAAUUGCUUUACAAUGGUGUGUUAGUUUCUGCUUUAUAACAAAGUGAAUCAGUCAUACAUAAACAUAUGUUCCCAUAUGUCUUCCCUGUUGCGUCUCCCUCCCUCCCACCCUCCCUAUCCCACCCCUCCAGGCUGUCACAAAGCACCGAGCCAAUAUCCCUGUGCCAUGCGGCUGCUUCCCACUAGCUAUGUACCUUACUACGUUUGUUAGUGUGUAUAUGUCCAUGACUCUCUCUCGCCCUGUCACAGCUCACCCUUCCCCCUCCCCAUAAUCUCAAGUCCGUUCUCUAGGAGGUCUGCGUCUUUAUUCCUGCUUUACCCCUAGGUUCUUCAUGACAUUUUUUUUCUUAAAUUCCAUAUAUAUGUGUUAGCAUACGGUAUUUGUCUUUUUCUUUCUGACUUACUUCACUCUGUAUGACAGACUCUAGGUCUAUCCACCUCAUUACAAAUAGCUCAAUUUCGUUUCUUUUUAUGGCUGAGUAAUAUUCCAUUGUAUAUAUGUGCCACAUCUUCUUUAUCCAUUCAUCCGAUGAUGGGCACUUAGGUUGUUUCCAUCUCCGGGCUAUUGUAAAUAGAGCUGCAAUGAACAUUUUGGUACAUGACUCUUUUUGAAUUUUGGUUUUCUCAGGGUAUAUGCCCAGUCACCCACUUAUUCUUAACCACAGAAUCCAGUGACCUUGGUCACCUUGCCCACCUAUCUACUUGCAUUCAUCUUUGGCAGACCUGGAGUUAAUAUGGGUUGAUGCCUGCCUGAUGCCUCUGAAUUCAGGAAUUCCAGGGCAAACUCAGGGCUUUGUGCCAAUCUCUAGAUUGGCAACUUGAGCUGAACAAAUGAGUUGUAGUUUGGAUGUCCUUGUGUAAACAUUCCCUAGAUUGAUUUUGUGGAGUUGGCAGCCUGAUCAUCAUGAUCAUCUUGCCAGGGGCAAUGAUUACAAGGCCACUUAACCUCUUUCUAAGAAGAAAGAGAAUUACCUGUUUAUGUGGGAGAAAGAAAACAGCGAGAAUGAAUGAACGAGGAGGAAGAAACAUUUACUCUCUGUCCUCUAGACACUUCAGUUUUGAAAGUCACCUUCCUGUGGACUUCCUGAAAAAGAUUCUCAGGUAGCCUCUGGAUAAUCGGAACAGUGACAUUUGAGUUGGAGAACAGAGGGACCAACCCUCAUCUUGGGGUCACAGGUAGCAGGUGGCAGAGGAGUCCUAAUAGUUCUGCCUGCCGACGGGCCAGUGGAGUUGGGUGAGGAGCAGCAGGAACUGCGUGUCGCCAAGCCGUUGGCCUCUGAAGGGGGGAGGCAGUGGGGGUAGGUGGUCGAGAACUCAUGUCUCCUCUUGUCCUCAUUUCAUGUUGUAGAGGAAGAAGAUUAAUUUGGCUCUAUAAAGAAUUAACUAAGAGACAGCCCACAUCCCAGUGCCUGGUCUUGCAUUGUAGAAUUUACAGCCAAGAAGAAAAUGUAAUUUUGAAAGGGCAACGGCUGGUCUCAUCCCUCACCAAUUGACACCCCAUCUGUCAAUGCCUUUUUUUCCCUUCCUGUUCUGUUCGCUUCGUGGGAAUAGGAGACAUGGCUCAUGUUUGGUAAUUGAUUUCUUUGAGAGAAAAAAAUAAAGCUUUCAACUC